UUUUAGUCUAGAUCACAUCAGUUCCAUUUGUGCGUAGGUUUUACACUCAUUAGUCAGCUGUAAGGGGCAACAUCAGCGUAGGCGAAGAGACCACUUACCAAGAACCACCAAGACAGGGAGGGUCUACUCUGACUGACAGACGCGUCAACCAAUGACAUCUCUGCGCUCUAUUCUCUCUCCGCUUUCCCGGAUCUCCUCCAUUCCAUUGGUGUCGUCUAUCACAGGCAAGAGAGCAGCAACAGAAGACAAAAACGCAACCGCCGAGGUCACCCCGGACCCAGAAACGAGUCAUGACGUCGACCAACGUUCUGGCGAUGAAAAGCCGAUGACUCAGCGUGUAGUGAAGAGUUCUGUAAACGGAGAGACGCUGAAACAGGCACGACACGUAGUGCUUGCGCUGAAGGAGGCGAAAUCUGCGACUUCCAGGCUGCACAGGCUUGAGAAACUUAUUGAUUUUGUGUGGAGAAUGCCUGAAAUGAGAGGGGUGAUGGUGGAGCAGGGCGUUGUUGCUGUGCUUUUGGGUUUGAGAGAGAGGAGCAAGGAUAGGACGAUCAGUGGGUGUGCGAGGCAGGCUUUGGCUAUGAUGGGAUACCAGGAUCCGUGUAAAGGGUAUGGCGUACGGAUAUUGUCAAUAGAUGGUGGAGGUUCUAGAGGUGUCGUUGCUGUUGAAUCUUUGAAGGCUAUUGAGCAAGCGACAGGGAAACCUAUUUAUGAAUUGUUUGAUCUAAUCUGUGGUUCAAGUACUGGAGCAAUCCUUUCGUUCCUACUCAGCUUUCGGUACUUGCCAUUGAACGUGUGUAAUGACAUUUACCGAUCAAUCAGUUUGGAAACAUUCAAACAAAACAGUAUCGUUGGACGAGGCAAACUGUUUAUGAAUUAUUCGUAUUAUGAUACGCAGGCAUGGGAGAUGACAUUGAGAGAAAAUUGUGGAGAUCACGAGACAAUGAUCCACACUGCAAGAAACGCUAAAACACCAAAAGUGAUUGCUGUUUCUAGUUUGGUUAAUCGUCCCAUUUUGAGACCGUAUCUGUUUCGAAAUUAUGAGUACUUUCCUGGCACGGCUGCUUUCUAUCCCGGAAGCUACACACACAAAUUGUGGGAGGUGUUGAGAGCGUCGACAGCGGCACCUGGAUACUUUGAAGAAUGUGUUUUAGAGGACAACAUUUAUAAUGAUGGUGGCAUGCUGACGAAUAAUCCUUCAGCAGUCGCUUUGCACGAAGCAAAAUGUUUAUGGGGAUCACAGAUUCCCGUCCAGUGCCUCAUUUCACUUGGCACCGGACGGAGACCAGAAACGGAUCCAGAAACAAAGAGCAAGAGCUGGUGGCUAAAAAACUGGCAAGAAAGACUGACACAAUUGAUAACAAGUGCGACUGAUACCGAAGCUGUCGACACCGUUUUACGUGAUCUACUCCCCAAUGGUGUGUACUUUCGUUUCAAUCCGACAUUGUCUGAGAACAUUGCUUUGGACGAGAAUCGAGUCGAGAAGCUGGAUAUGAUGCAGAGAGACACGGUUGCGUACGUGGAAGCUAACAAGAGUAAACUGGAGAGGGCGGCUACUCAAUUGUUGUUGCCUCGCAAACGACAUCAGAAGGCCAUAGAUCGGAUGCUGAUGUGGAAAGCGAUGUUGUAAAUGAGUGAAACUCGUCUGAGAUAGUGUUUCAUGUUGGUCUGCUUGUAUGUAGUAUACAGCAAUAUUGACAGAAUUUCGUAGUUAUAGAUGUACUGUACAUGAAGGUUGAUUUGCUAAUAUAUUUGUUACUUUUUAAUUAACAAUUGUAUGUCGAGAUGAUAGUAUAAAUGGGAGGUUUGGUGAGAGAUCAGGAAGUAAGUAGAGUGUUAGGUAUGUCACCGA